ACUUCCCCCUUUUGUUAAUUACAACUAAGAAGUAAGAAUGGGAACGAGGUGGCCAGCUCUUGGGGAGACCGAUUAAGGACACCACGCCAAUUCCUCCCAUCCGAGAUGGAAAGAGGCGCUCCUAGCUCACUUAAGCCGGGGUAGGGCUGGUUCUCCUUUCCGAGCCAAAAUCCCAGGCGAUGGUGAAUUAUGAACGUGCCACACCAUGAAGCUCUUGUGGCAGGUAACUGUGCACCACACCUGGAAUGCCGUCCUGCUCCCGGUUGUCUACCUCACAGCGCAAGUGUGGAUUCUGUGUGCAGCCAUCGCUGCUGCUGCCUCCGCUGGGCCCCAGAACUGCCCGUCUGUCUGCUCAUGCAGUAACCAGUUCAGCAAGGUGGUGUGCACCCGCCGGGGUCUCUCCGAGGUCCCGCAGGGUAUUCCCUCCAACACCCGGUACCUCAACCUCAUGGAAAACAAUAUCCAGAUGAUCCAGGCGGACACUUUCCGACACCUCCACCACUUGGAGGUCCUGCAGCUGGGCAGGAACUCCAUCCGGCAGAUUGAGGUGGGGGCCUUCAAUGGCCUAGCCAGCCUCAACACCCUAGAACUGUUCGACAACUGGCUGACAGUCAUCCCCAGUGGGGCCUUUGAGUACCUGUCCAAGCUGCGGGAGCUCUGGCUGCGAAACAACCCCAUAGAAAGCAUCCCCUCUUAUGCCUUCAACCGGGUGCCCUCCCUCAUGCGCCUGGACUUGGGGGAGCUCAAGAAGCUGGAGUACAUCUCUGAGGGGGCUUUUGAGGGGCUGUUCAACCUCAAGUACCUGAACUUGGGCAUGUGUAAUAUUAAAGAUAUGCCCAAUCUCACCCCACUGGUGGGACUGGAGGAGCUGGAGAUGUCAGGGAACCACUUCCCUGAGAUCAGGCCUGGCUCCUUCCAUGGCCUAAGCUCCCUCAAAAAGCUAUGGGUCAUGAACUCACAGGUCAGCUUGAUUGAGCGGAAUGCUUUUGAUGGGCUGGCUUCACUUGUGGAACUCAACUUGGCCCACAAUAACCUCUCUUCUUUGCCCCAUGACCUCUUCACUCCAUUGAGGUAUCUGGUGGAGUUGCAUCUACACCACAAUCCUUGGAACUGUGAUUGUGACAUUUUGUGGCUAGCCUGGUGGCUUCGGGAGUAUAUACCCACCAAUUCCACCUGCUGUGGCCGCUGUCACGCUCCCCUGCACAUGCGAGGCCGCUACCUGGUGGAGGUGGACCAGGCCUCCUUCCAGUGCUCUGCCCCCUUCAUCAUGGAUGCACCUCGAGACCUCAAUAUCUCUGAAGGUCGGAUGGCGGAACUUAAGUGUCGGACUCCCCCUAUGUCAUCUGUGAAGUGGGUGCUGCCCAAUGGAACAGUGCUUAGCCACGCCUCCCGCCACCCCCGGAUCUCUGUCCUCAAUGAUGGCACCUUGAACUUUUCCCACGUGCUGCUCUCGGAUACUGGGGUAUACACAUGCAUGGUGACCAAUGUGGCAGGCAACUCCAAUGCCUCGGCCUACCUCAAUGUGAGCACGGCCGAGCUCAACACCUCCAACUAUAGCUUCUUUACCACAGUCACAGUGGAGACCACUGAGAUCUCGCCUGAGGAUACAACACGCAAAUACAAGCUUGUUCCUACCACGUCCACUGGUUACCAGCCGGCAUAUACCACCUCUACCACGGUGCUCAUUCAGACCACCCGUGUGCCCAAGCAGGUGGCAGUACCCGCGACAGACACCAAUGACAAGAUGCAGACCAGCCUGGAUGAAGUCAUGAAGACCACCAAGAUCAUCAUUGGCUGCUUUGUGGCAGUGACUCUGCUAGCUGCCGCCAUGUUGAUUGUCUUCUAUAAACUUCGUAAGCGGCACCAGCAGAGGAGUACAGUCACAGCCGCCCGAACAGUUGAGAUUAUACAAGUGGAUGAAGACAUCCCAGCAGCGGCAUCCUCCGCAGCAACAGCAGCUCCAGCCGGUGUAUCAGGUGAGGGGGCAGUAGUGCUGCCCACAAUUCAUGACCAUAUUAACUACAACACCUACAAACCAGCACAUGGGGCCCACUGGACAGAAAACAGCCUGGGGAACUCUCUGCACCCCACAGUCACCACUAUCUCUGAACCUUACAUAAUUCAGACCCAUACCAAGGACAAGGUACAGGAAACUCAAAUAUGAUUUCCCCCUCCCCUCCAAAACUUAUAAAAUGCAAUAGAAUGCACAAAAAAAAAAAAAAAAAAAA